AUGGCACAACCGAAGGAGAAAGGAGGUCUUGGUUUUCGCUCUUUUCAUGCUUUUAAUACGGCGUUGUUGGCCAAACAAUGGUGGCGUUUGAUGACGGUGGAGAAUUCUUUGAUGGCGAGAGUGCUUAAAGCAUGUUAUUUUCGACAUUCACCCCUGAUGGAGGCUACUAAAGGCUCUCGGCCAAGCUACACCUGGAGUAGUAUUAUGGGGGCACGAUGGGUGCUGGAUAAGGGCUGUUUGUGGCGGGUUGGUACAGGAGAAAAUAUUAAUAUUUGGUCUCACCAGUGGGUGCCAGGGGCGGCGGGUUUCAGAUUGUUCUCUGGCCAUAAUUAUAGGCCUGGUUUACAAAGAGUUUCUCAGCUCUUGUUGCCAGGCAGGAGGGAGUGGAAUCAUGCUCUCAUUCGUCAAGUAUUUGCUCCUCACGAGGCUAGUCUUAUUCUUCAGAUUCCAGUUUCGGGAAAUGCUCUGGCUUCAUCCUCUGGUGCAAUUUCAGGAAUUUGGAAGGUUCUUUGGCAAACAAAAUCUAUCCCUCGAUGCAAGGAGCUUCUUUGGCGGGCCUGCCAUGAUAUUGUCCCUGUGCGUGCUGUCUUGGUGAACCGUGGCAUUGUCACGGAUUCUAUAUGCCCUCUUUGUGGAGAUGACGACGAGACUUUGGUUCAUGCUUUCUUUGGGUGCUCGGAGGUGGCACCGGUUUGGUUCAGCUCUCCUUUGUUUAUGGACUUUCGUCACGUCCCAGAUAACUUCUCCUUGGUUCAGUGGUUGUCUCAGAUUUUGAAAGAAGGAGAUGAUUGGCUUGCUGAUUCUGUUUUCACCUUGUUGUGGGCAAUUUGGGAGCGGCGAAACAAAUGGUGCUUUGAUCACCAGUGGUACCCGUUUGAUUUUGUGCUCCGUCGGGCUUCUUCCUUGGCGUCUGUGGGCUUUACCGUUGGUGAUGAAGGAUCUGUUCUGCAUGGACAGCGCCGCGAGGGAGGCAACGCAACUUGGAGACCACCACAGUCGGGGAUUAUAAAGGUUAACGUUGAUGCUUCUGUCUCGGCUGGCUCACUUAUGGGAUAUGGCUAUAUUGCUAGAAACUCGAGGGGAGAAGUGCUUGCCACUGCUGCUGCAAAAUGGCCAACAGCGUCGACGGUGGCUCUUGCAGAGGCGAUGGCAUUGAGGUGGGCUUUGCAAUUGUCCUUGGACUUGGGUUUUUUUGCGGUGGACGUUGAGAUAGACAGCAAGAUGGUGGUUGACGCUUGGAGUAAUCAUAGCCGGCAGUGCUCUUAUUUAGCUCUAGUUGUUUCAGAUUCGGUUUUUAUUUCUCAGUCUUUUCACAGUUUUUCUUUAGCUCAUGUUUUGCGAGCAAGCAAUAUGGCGGCGGACUUUUUAGCCAAAUUUGCUUUGUCUUAG